AUGCUCGCCGCCGCCCUCUUCGCAUUCGCUCCGCCUGCCGGCUCGAGCCCCGGCCGGGCUGACAUCUUCCGCGUCGCUCGCAUGAAAGUUGCUCCAGCGCCUUCGGAGGUUCCGGCGUCGCUCCAGUCUCACCAAGUCCGCAUCGCGGGCGAGGACGAACUACAGGCGGUCGCACGGCUCAUGCUCGACGUGUUUGCGCCGGAGUCACCCGCAGCUCCGGCGCUGCUGCCCUUCAUGACCUCCCUCCUCGAGGCGAACCAGAGAACUGCGCGGGCUGCGGCGGCAGGGAGGCUCGCGGCCGAGCUCUCGCAGCGGGUGGCCAUUGGCAGCACCAUCUUCAUCGCGGCCGAGGCCGGUGUGCCGGCCGACGGAGCCGAGGGCGGGCUGCCUCUGCUCGGCACCGUCGACCUCUCCUCGCAAGAGAUGGAGCUGCCGACGCAUGGGCUGACUGGCUCGCUGUACAUGUCCACCCUCGCCGUCGACAGCGCGCACAGGAAGCGAGGCCUCGGCCGCGCGCUGCUGCGAGCUGCGGAGGCGGAGGCCAGCGCGCAGGGCGUGGAGGGCAUCUACCUGCACGUCGAGGCGGCAAACGCUGGCGCCCUCAGCCUCUACCGGGGCGCCGGCUACAGCGCCGUGCAGCCCACGCCGCUCCUCACCACCUUCACGCGCGCGCUGCACCUCACGCACGCAGACCCGAUCCUGAUGUUCAAGCGCGUGCCGUGCGACGGUGCGGCGAGGUAA